CGACGCGAUCUUGACUCCAUGGAGGCCACAGAUCAGCAAGCGUUACUGUACGACAAACUAGUACAGACGUCCAUAGAGCACCACGACUAUGAAAAUGCCAUAUUUCUGGCAGAGCGCUUCGUUGCCUGCUAUCCGCAAAACCCACGAGCGACGUACCUUCACGCGAAAGCAUACUUUCACAGCAACCGGCACCAUGUUGCCUACCGCAUUCUUGAAGGACAGAACUAUCUGUUGUCCAAAUACCUGUUCGCACGUUGCUGCAUAGAUUUAGACGAGCUACAAGAAGGAGAACAAGCCCUCAGAUACAUAAUACAGACAAUCGAUAGUAGCGGGUCUACCAUCGGAGAGCUUGAGUUGGAGCAUGUAUAUUGUCUGCUGGGCAAAAUAUGCAGACGAGCGGGCAAAAAGGGCGAAGCGAUAAAGGCUUUCAAAAAGGCGCUCGAGUUGUGCCCAUUCCUGUGGAAUGCCCAUCAGAACUUGUGUGAACUAGGCAGUUCACCGGAAGCAGGGGAUGCCUUUCAAGCCAGACUAAGUGGUCGGGCUUUGCCAUCCCAGCCACACAAGUCUGCGACAAGGAGGAAACGAUUACGUGAUGGGGCAUCCAAAAGUAGUGGACGGGAAACCACAGAGACCAAUGAAAACGGUGGUGAUGGGGAUCUAGUAACAGGGGAUGAGGUCAUCGAAGAUUUGAGAGGGUGCGGGCAGGCAUACAGCGCCCUCUGCAGAUACGAAUGCAGAGAGACGUUGAAAAUCCUCUCCGGUCUCGGCGAAGUUCAUUUGCGGACAGGGUGGGCCCUCACGCAAGUAGCACGAUCAUAUUACGAAAUGGCAAAAUAUCCUGAGGCUGCACGUUUUUUUCGAGAAGCACGGGAGCUGGAGCCCUGGCGAGCAGAGGGACUAGAUCUGUUUGGGAGCUGCCUAUGGCAUUUGAAGGAAGAGGCUGAGUUGGCUUACUUGGCAAAAGAAAUGGAAAGCACCGAUCGACUAGCACCACAGACCUGGUGUAUUGUUGGAAAUUUGUACAGCUUGAGACAGGAACACGAAAUGGCGAUCAAGUGCUUCGGACGUGCGAUUCAAUUAAAUCCAUAUUUCCAAUAUGCAUACACGCUUACCGGUUUCGAGUACAAAAUGAAAGAGGACUAUGACCGAGCAGUGACUUUUUUUCAAAAGGCCAUUCGCAUUGACCCACGUCCUUUUAAUGCAUGGUUCGGACUUGGCGAAAUAUACUAUCAGCAGCAAAAUUAUAAAGCCUCUCAAUUUCAUUACGAAAAAGCAUUGUCAAUCAAUCCUAAAAAUCCCAUCAUACACUUUCAUCUUGGCACGAUCUUGCAGAAAUUGGGACAGGACAAGUCACUAGGAUGUUUCGAAACAGCUGUUGCGCUUGAACCUAAAAAUGCUCUUUACCGGUUCCGACUAGCAUAUGCACUAGCUCUUUCCAAGCGCUACGAGGAUGCUCUGAGGCAGUUAAACCCCUUGGAAACAUUCACACACAUUGAAAGCAACGUUUAUCUUUUGAUGGGGAAGAUAUACAAGGAACUCGGUGAUAACAAACACGCGCUUUUGGCAUAUAGUAAAGCACGGGAUCAUAGGAGUGCCAGGCACGAUUUGAUUAAUGAAGCCCUCGACAAUCUAUACUCUUUGGGUGACGAUACUGAUUUGUCAGAUCUGUUCAAGCAUUUGGAUUGAGAGGCAAGCAAUAUGUCAACUUUUCACAUUCUUGCACAUACAUUGUCCGUUUGGUCUAGAAUCAGUGAUUGAGGAGUGUUUGAAUGCUAUCUACUAUGUCUACCAGCUUCUGUUGCCGCAGAAGGAGCAGUUCCUUGUAAUCGUCCCGAAGCACCAACUCGUGAAUAGCAUCCAAUUUUUCAUCUAUGUCAAUCACCGAUUUCUCUAUUGGGACCUCGACCGCGGACCUGAACAUGGGCAGUGAGCACUGCGAUUUUAUCUUUCGUAGAGGCGCCAAGGGAAAAGAUUUUCUUCUCUCGAUGAUCUCUUCUUGAUUCUGAGCCUGGCGAAAUGUUAGCCGGCUAAGACUAGUCAGAUUAUCAGUUUCGGAAUGGAAUAUACCUCUCGUACUCCUUCUAGCCGGUGUGGUUUCUUCUGAAUAAACUCCACAAUCGCAUUUCGACUGUCAGAACGUAAUGCCGGUGGACCCUGAGGCGACGAGGCAGAAUAUCGAAAGAGGCUAUCGAGAGCCUGGUGAACAACUGUCCAAUCAGAGUGAUGCAGCCCCUUUUCAAAAAACUCGGGCAAUAUGUUGUAAGAGGAGGACGUGGACACAGGU